GACUUUCCGCAUACGUCAUUCUGUGCUUCCGACUUCUUAGCUAGCUCGACCGUGGUGUUCUUUAAAUUAGACGUUUUAACCUCGCUGUGUUGCCUCGUUUUACUUCCCAAACGUAGAAUGUAGACUGCGAAAGGCCCCAACAACGCCGACAGGGUGGAAUAUUACGACGCACUUGUCCAACGUGACGCUAACGCCGAGAGACGCUAUGUCAACAACGCGGCCCCUUCUCGGUAUGAAGAGAGUCACCGAGCUCGCGUGCGUCGAGCAACCGACCAGCAGGCUCCCCGCUUCAGGGGCGAGGCAACAACAAGACACCCCCACGGUGGACGAGUUUACGGUCCUAGAGAUUAAGGAAGACGAAUUGAAAUGUGCCCGGCCCCGAGUGGAACACGUUUUCAAAGUGACGUUCACGAUUAUCGGGCUGUUGGACCACACGGGACAAGCACACGGUAGUACGCGUCAGAUAUGGCUACAGCUCAGAGGAAACACUGACGACGUCUCCAAAGCAAAGGAGUAUGUCAGGGGACUGUGUGACCCAGAACUGCAGAAAGAAGAGCGAUACCCAUUGGACAUGCAUUGUAUUUUUGCCGGAGCCCGCGGACUCUUCCUGGAUAGACUCAUACGAGAUACAAGCGCUGAGGUUUUGGUUUCUGAGCCAGGACGCCUGCGCUUGUUGGGCCGCGCUGAACCAGUUGUGAUGGCACAAAGCAGGGUUCAGCAGUUUGUGGCACUUUUCCAGGAAAAGCGAAAUCUGCUGAGUGACAGAGAGCAGGCAGUGAAACGAGCAUUCAAGUCCUUUGUGGAGGAGAGGGAUGAUAAGUACACCAUGGAGCUUCUUCUACUACCCAGUGCCCUAAAAGAAGAAUUACUGGGAUUGGUUCACAGUCCUACCACCUCGCACACACCACUGAACCAGAACCUACAUCCCUGCAUGGCGGAGUUUGAGCAAGACCGCUCACAGAGUAGCACCCCUGUGACAGAGCUUUCCAAUCGCAUCUUUGAUACGAGCUUUGAGGACAGAGUGACCCGGACAACGCCUUUUGGCGAUAAUGUUGGAAAAGCAGGAGGAGGCAUCGGUUUGGGUCCCGAGGCCAUCCUGCUGAAUGGCAUCAGGCCAUCACACAAGCGGCGCUCUUCUGAGAGCGAAACCCGGGACACUAAGAGACAAUACUCUUUAGAACGGAGAGAUGAGUCGCCAGAGAGGUCGAGGGAUAGGGAGCGACACCGGGGCAGAGAAGGGCAUGGGGUCACUAGUGGUUAUCGUACCAAAAAUGCCUCUGCUUCAUGCACAAUCUCCUCGUCCUCUUCCGGUAAAGCAAACACAGUUGCCGGUCCAAUCAUGCUGGACCCUUGUGAGGGUAUCACUGACGAAAGUGAGGCGGUCAGCCCAGAAACCAAUCUCCGUUGUUUGGUCAAUUUUUUCAGAACCAUGGGUUAUCAGCAGGAUGUGGUUGAGCGUGUCAUCAAGGAUACAGGACAAACAGAAGAUACCUUCCUUAUUCUUGAAAAAAUUGUGGCAGAAACAAACAUUUGUGAGGAGGAAACAAAAGGAGGAAUAAAAGAAAACAAGCUGAACAAUGUGCGCUCCUCCGACCUUCCUGCAUCUUCCUCACCGACCUCCUCUCUAGCCAUCGAGAGAGAAAGAGUAGAGGAUCCAGGGCGGUCCAAAGAAAAUAUUAAGCCCAACCAUCAUGGAGCCAUUAGUAAUGGAUUUGGCCACCGGAGGCAUUACAGUGGCAGCGAAACCAGCACUCAACAGGCUAUUACCAUCAAGAGGAGUUCUAGUGCCCAAGGAGGAGCAGGGAACUACGAGGUCAUUACCAUUGACGAUGAUGACGAUGUCUGCAUAACAAACAGCAAAACAGCUGAUACGCGGACGUCAAGGGUGACCAUGGCACACGCUGACACCCAGACCGGAUCCAGAACAGACUACUUGGCACGGGGAGGUGGGAGCAUUUCACAUAGGGAUCACCUGUCGAGAGCUGGGACUCGGACUUUGGGUGGAUCAAUGAAAGUUGAAAGUGUGACUGCACUGCGUAGUACACCUCAGUGGCUGACGGCCAGCACCGCCUGUGUGGCUUCAACACCUAAUUCGGCCCCAACCACAAGCCGUCCCUCUGCCUACCAAACCCUUGGCCACUUGGGCUUUCACGGCAGUGAAGCCAGAAGUCCUCCAUCGAGCAACCCACCCGUCCCCCCUGUGACAGGAUUGGCCCGUUUUCAGCAAUCUUUGAAGACUCCGUAUACACUGAAGCUACCCAAUGAGCCGGGACGACCGGAGCUCCGCCACAUCAUCAUAGAUGGCAGCAAUGUGGCAAUGGCUCACGGCCUAAAUCGGUUCUUCUCCUGUCGAGGGAUAGCGCUAUCAGUGGAGACGUUUUGGAGGCGGGGCCACAGGGAAAUAACAGUGUUUGUUCCUCAGUGGCGCCAGAAGAGAGACCCAUUCACAACAGAACAACAUUUUUUAAAUCAACUAGAAAACUUGCGGCUGCUCUCUUUCACUCCCUCCAGAGAAGUCUGUGGUAAAAGGAUAGCCUCGCAUGAUGACAGAUUCCUGCUCCACUUAGCAGAAAAAACAGACGGUGUUAUCGUAACAAAUGACAACCUUCGCGAUUUUGUCAACUCUUCAGACAUGUGGUGCAGAAUCAUUCAUGAGAGGUUACUCCAGUUUACUUUUGUGGAGGACCACUUCAUGAUCCCUGAUGACCCUCUGGGGAAAAACGGACCUCAUCUGGACAUCUUCCUUCGUAAAAUCAACAGGCAUCUUCCGUUGGCCCCUCCCCCACAGAGGCCUCCCGACCUGCGUCCAUCCAACAACCAGCAGCAUCCAGUCUAUGUGCAAGCCCUCCACUCGGCUCCAUGGACCCCAGCUGUCGGACCCCAACCUGGUGUGCAGUGGCCCCACCCGGGCCGGCGCCGCACUGCUUCUCCCUCGCCAUCGCCCCCUUCCCAGCGUUCGCCGGGGGAGACAUCCGAGCUGAAGAGACAGCUGUGUGUGAUUUUCCCAGACCAGAAACAACAGAUUGAUAGCAUCCUCAGCGACAACCCGUACAUGAGAGACUUAAACGCCCUGUCGGGGCUGCUGCUGGGAUAAUUCACGGGCCCAACAACCAUAAUUCAUAUAUGCACACAUGGCGAUGUAUAACAGCUUCAUAUAGUUAUUUUCUCCUGUUUCAAUUAGAUUUUAUUUCAGAUUAUAUUUUUACUGAUCUUGAAAAGAAUUUGUUCACAUAAUGUGAGCAAUUAUUUCCUUUUUUCCCCAUUUGAAACAAUUACAUCAAAACUAUCAACAACAAAAAAAGGUCCAAAAGAUUUUGUUUCUCUCUUUAGUUCCACAAAUGUGGGACCAGUACAGCUCAAGAUUAAAAGACUGGUCCCGUAACUCGAUGGACUUUUUACCACAAAUGCACCUGUACUACCUAAGCUAAUAAUGACCACCAUUAGAACAGUGGGGGAUUUUAUGUCUCGGGGUGCAUGAAUUGUUACAGAUCAUUCCCCCACCACCACCGAGUUAUAGUUUUCAGCACUCUCACCUGUCCCCACUUUUCUAAUUUACAAUGCUAGCACCACCCCACAGUACAAUCUAUCAUUUAAAAACAGGGCAGUGGUGAAGACAUAUUUAUAUUUUUGUAUAUAUUCAUGGUACAUAAUAGCGUUGCCAAAUGUAAAACAAUACGGUUGGCAAAUAAUGGUCCCAAUACCAUCACUUUAAAAAGGAUGUGAACAUGUCAUGAACUACAAGGAUACCUUAAAAUACAUGAAAUAGCCACUCACAUUGUAUUUUCCAUUUGCUUACAUGGGUUUGGUUUAGAGGCUUAUCAUUGGGAAGGAUGUGGCAGUCAGCUAUGACUGCUUUCAUUCUUUUACCCUGUCUUAUCUUGCCAAAGUUUUUUAUGUGAGCUAUAUAAAUUUCAAGUGCUGAAUCUGAAGUUGUUGCAGUCUGGAGAAAUUUGUUCCUAGGAUCACUUAUUAUUAACAGUUAACUUUGUUGUUUUGGAGCCAUUUAAAACACAUCCUCUGCCAUUGACUCCUUUAGAAGUCAGAUAAAUGUGGGAGGGCUGCCAAUGAAUGAGUGUUAACUGCUUUACUCACUUUUGGUUUGUUUUUAAACACAAAUGUGGGAGGGCUGGCAGUGAAUGAGUGUUAACUCCUUUGGUCACUUUGUCUUGUUUUUAAACACUACAAAGCUCAGUUGUGUAGUUAUUUUUUGUUGGAUUAUGUUGAAAAAUCUGCAAUCAAAGCAGAAUUGCAUAGUUGGUUUUUAAUGUACUUUUGUCACAAAGAUGUGCUGUACAUAGGUUCCAUCUAUUCUGGCUAAAAUGCUAAAUUGUAGGCAUUGGAGCAAUUGCUCCUUGUGUUUCUUUGACCCUCCAAGCAGAAUGUGGACAGGACGUUUCCCCUGCAUGCGUAUGUGAUGUGCAUCAGUUGUGUAACAUACUAGUACAAAUGUAUAAAAACACGUUUUGUUCACCAUGUUGUAGUAAGCAUUGCUGAAGGAUUUUUUUGUUGUAACACAUUUUCUUGUGUAUUAUAAUUUUUUUGUAAAUCUGGUAAUUUUUGGAUGUGGUUAUAUAUAUAUGUGAAGACGCUAAAUGCCAGAGUCCACAAUUAGCUUCCGAGCUACUUGACUUUUCCUUUUGUUGAAGGGUGCUGUGAUGGCCAAAGUACAGGUUCAACCUCUUGUGGCGGUAGCUUCAAUUUCUUGAGCUUUAUUGAUUGUACAGAAUGCCAGCAGGAGAAUGUAAAUAAUCGUUUCCUUGAAGGAUCAAUAAAGAAUAUUGCUACCA